CUAUUUACAGUAUCAUUAUUAUUUUUAUUACUUAUUAUUAUUAUUAUUAUUAUUAAUUAAGAACUUAGAUAAUUAGCAUUCAAUAUUGAGCGGUGCGUAGCUUAUCUGGGAUUAGUUAUGUCAUAUUAUGACAUUUUUUGCUGUUGCAUUCUCGAAUUGCUGCAUUGCGAUGUGCUUGUGGAUAGCGACCCCGCCUUUUGUUUCUGCUUGUAGUGUCUCUCGCGUUGGAAGGACUGAACAAUUAGUUCUAGCCGCUGAGCAGCAAAUGCAAGACGACAUCAUACUCCUACCAAUGCCUAAUCUGCCGCCACUUGAUCCCAGUAUUGUCCGCACUACCAUUGGCCGAACAGCCGUAUUCUCCUGUAAUACCCCUACAACAGAAGCGGAAAAAUUUGCGCAACAGAUCAUCUGGCGGCAUCAGAACGUUACCGUCUAUGCUGACCACACGGUGCCGGCUUCCACGACCUUUAACUACAGCCGACAUGAGUUGAACGGUAGCCAUUAUUUGUCCAUACACAACGUUACGACGCUGGCCGCUGGAUCGGUACGGUGCUUCCAGUAUCACGAAGAGGAAGUAUAUCUCGUCAAGCAUUUCAAGCUACAGACUCGACCCAGGGCGGAAGACGUAUUUGUUGGCCGAUUGCGCAAUGUCAGCACACCGUAUUUUCAGGCUUCCCUAACCUGCACCGCAUACGUCGACUGCAGCUGCUUACAUGGCGGACCGUACUUUAUCUGGAAAUUUGACGGAAAAUUUGCCAUCAUGUCAAAGCAACUCAGGCAUUAUCUGAAGCAGCUGUUUGAUUCAAAGUCUUAUCCUUAUGGAGUUAGCGAAUUCGAGAGUAAGGGGCGUUGCUCGACGUUCGCUGAGGAAGCGCGAGGAGCGCCGUGUAAUUCGACAUUUACCGUGUUUAUGAAACGUGACAUGAAGCUGUCGCCGACGCUAGUUGAAUGCUGGGCACAGCCUGACCGGAAUAUUAAUGAGUGGUACGUCCAAAAGACUUAUGUCAGCUUUAUUUGACUGAAUUCUUUACCAUCAAUAAGUCAUUGCUAAAUAAUAACGUGUUUAUUCUGGUUUUGUUCUGUAAUGGUCAAAAAUUACUGCGCCGUGGUGCACUGUGAUAAUGAUACUUUUAUAUAAUAGUACUUUGUGUAAUUACAGGGUGCCACA